AUGGGCUCUUCACAGUCGGCCGCCACCAGUUCCGACGCUGGCCAAGAGGCCAAAAAGUCGACGUCCCUCUACCGCAAGUACCAGGACAAAAAGGGCGCCCGGCCCAUCAGCGACGACGACAUCCUCAAGUACACGGGCAAGACGCGGGACGAGCUCAAGAGCUGGGCCGACGGCCAGCCCGGCGUGGGCAAGAACCAGCUCGCCGGCAAGCUGGCGGUUGGCAGUGCAAGCGGGCUCGGCGGCGUGGCCACGGGCGCAGGAUACGGGGGCUGGGGUCCCAGUGCUGAGCCGCAGGGCGCGAAUCGCGGCAUGAAGUUUCCGCCGGAGCAUCGCGAGUCCCAGCCCAAGGUUGUGGACGACGACGACGACUAA